CUUCUGAUGUCCUGGGCUGGCUUCACCAACUCAUAAAGAAUGCACCCCGCGAGCAUGUUUUAAUUCCCGUUGAUUUUUACGUAACACCCUGUAGAAAGUGGCUGCAGCCAGAAGAACAUUAAGUCGCAUUCAGCAGCACCGGGUUACUCAAGAGAGCUGAGGACCCCUCCAGUGAGUUUCAUAAUUAGGUUGUGUAAGGGCAUGUUGACGUAUGAGGUCUUUGGAAGCCAGCGGGCUACAAAUGCAGUUCCUCGUCGCAGUGAAAACUUUGAUUUGACCCCCAACCUCGGACUGUGAACUAAACAUGAAAACGACCAAGAUUAAAGUAAUUGGAAGUCAAGUAAUUUCAGCCGAACUUGUGGUAGGACUACUACUCAGCAUUGCCUAUCGGAUGUGUUCCAGUUUGGCUUUUUCCUCAGAGGGGGAAAGCGUCAGUGACGGAAGCGCGCAGUUUGAAGUAACGCGCUCACUCGUGUGUGUGUGGGUUGCCAGUAAUGUUAAGUUCAUUUUUUUCAAAAGCAACAGCCAUCCACUAUCUCUUUCAGCUCAUUCCAUAUCAAGGCUUGUGGCUUUCCUUUCAUUGUUAGGAGUCUGCAAAGAGGGACACAUUCAAGGAAGAGAUCGUAGACAUCUUCCCAUGGUGGAUGUGGCGGUGUUCUUGUUCUUUCUCCUAAGCAGUUUGAUUCUUUUGAUCUUGGAUCACAAUCAGUUGCAAGGCUCUUUGAAACGAUCUGAACAGCUCACUAAACCCCAGAGGUUUUUCCUUCAAAUGGAUUUUUUUGCCAACUUCAUUUUUGGCCUCAUGUGGUUGGUUUUUCCAGGAUGGCUACUUGGGUCACAGAUUAGUGGAUCUGAGGAUAAUCUUCAUCUCAUACGUGCAUUUGGAGCCAUGAUGGUUGGAGACAGCUUUGUUUCUUUUACUACUCAGAAACAAAUGGCAACCAAUGAGGUAUCUGUCUUCAGCAGCCGAGCUGUGGGGACUUUGGCAGUUGUCGUCUUCAUGAUCCACACCCAGCUCACCACAUCGGUGUGGAAAACCCCACAUCUCUGUUUCUGCCUAGCAGGGGUCAGUCUCUGGGCUGCUAACUCCAUCCUUGGUUACCUGAGCUCCAAAGACGCGAGGACAGAGUCAGUGAAUGAUAUAUAUUGGCGUGCUGUACAGAAAAACGACAGAAGACUUUAUGUACAAUAGGUUUUUUUCAUAUGCAAAUAUCUGCAGACAUCAUUCUGUGCAUUGAGGCUUUAUGAUGUUAACUGUUUAUACUGUAAAUAUACUGUUAUUGAGUUUAUAAAUAUGAAAUACAUGUAUUCCUUUGUAAAUAAUUGUUGUUUUUAAUUUAUACUCAUGAAUAUUGUAAUCAAUAUUGUUCAUCAUGCAGAUAAAGACAAAGUGGUCAUGUUGUGAGUGCAAGUGAUGUGAAGAGAACUUCAUAAAAAGUAAAAACAUUUUGUCAGCUGUCUGCGACCCGCCUUUCACACUCUCAGGUGUCGAGUCAUUCUGCUGCAAUAUUCACUGAACCAUUUGUUUUGUAACUAUGGAUUCAACAUUGGAUGUUCCCACAAGCACAAAACUGCAAAUAUUCCAACAUGUAUGAACUGUGCAGGAGUGCAGUUUCUGUUUUUAUUAGUAAUUUUUUUGUUUUAAUAUUUGUGAAAAUAAGGAUUAUUAGCAUAGCAUCAAAAUGUAAUAAUUCCUCAGAAUAUUCUUAUUCACAAUCAGAACUGUUUUGCUAGAUUCUGACAUAUGCAAGAAUCUUUCUUUCUUUCUUUCUUUCUUUCUUUCUUUCUUUCUUUCUUUCUUUCUUUCUUUCUUUCUUUCACCUCUGGCCAAGGGGCUACAUCUCCUGUCAUGUGCUCAUUGUCACUGGCAGCUUAAUAAAGUGUUUGGCAGUU